CGUCUGCAGAUAAGUUCUUAACGAAUGUUGUUAAUUAAUUAAAAUUCAAUAUUUUAAUACAAUAAAAAUUUUAAAUAAAAUAAUCAAUUUCGGAUAGUUAAAUAUAACUUUAAAUUUAGGACUGUUAAAUUGAUUAAUAUGGCAAGUCCUCGAACACGACGUGUUUUACAAGAAUUAAAACAAACCAAUUUAAAUAAAGAAUGUUUUGAAUGUGGAGCUCCGAAUCCACAGUGGGUUUCUGUCACAUAUGGUAUAUGGAUUUGCUUAGAAUGUUCGGGGAAACAUCGUGGAUUAGGUGUACAUUUAUCAUUUGUACGCUCAGUCACAAUGGACAAAUGGAAAGAUAUUGAAUUAGAAAAGAUGAAAGUAGGAGGAAAUUUAGCAGCUAGAACCUUUUUCGAUACACAAGAUGAUUGGGAUCCAACGAAACCUAUUCAACAAAGAUAUAAUUCAAAAGCAGCUGCCCUUUAUAGGGAUAAAAUUUCUACAGUAGCACAAGGUAAACCUUGGAACGAAAAAACAUCAUCAGCACAAAAUUAUAUUGGUGGCCUGACAAGUGAAUAUAAGUCUAGUAACAGUUCUUAUUCGAGUAAUUAUCAAGGUAAUUCUGGAGGUGAUUCAUAUCAGACCGACGGUGGUUAUCAAAAUUUCAAUGGUGCUGAGUUUAAAAACCAAAAAGAAGAAUUUUUUGCUAAGAAACAAAUGGAAAAUGCCACAAAAAGAGAUGAUCUUCCACCAAACCAAGGAGGACGUUAUAGUGGUUUUGGAUAUACUAAAGAAGCACCCCCAAGAAGCCAAUCUUCUGAGUUAAUUGAUUCAACUUUAUCAAGUCUAGCAAGUGGAUGGUCUUUAUUUUCGUCGUCUGCAUCGAAAAUAGCAUCUAAAGCAUCGGAAAAUGCAGUUAAAUUGGGUGGAAUCGCCACACAAAAGGUAGCUGAUUAUAGUGUUACUGUUAGUGAAAAGGUGGGUGAUCUAAGCAAAAAAAGCUGGAGAGAUUUGGCUGGAUACACUUCACCAACAACAACACAUCCAUCAUACAAUUCUGACCAAUACAAUUACAAUGAUAACGAUUUAGGACAAAAUCAAGGUGGUGGUUAUCAAUCGUCAGAAGCACAAGAAUAUUCAUCAUGGUCACCGAAAGAAAGUUCGCAAGAAUGGGGUUGGAAUAACGAACAAUAUAAAAGUAAUGAGAGUAUAAAAUCAAGUUCUUCAAAAUCAUCCAUAAAAACAAGUGGUUCUACAACCGAAAUAUCAUCCACAACGAAACAACAACGUAGCAGUAGCAAAAGAAAAGAGACCAAGGAUUUGUUAGCUGAUCUAGAUGUAAAAACAAAUAAUAGUAAAAAUUGGAAUAAACAAAAAAGUGAAGAUGAUGAUGAACUGUGGGCCAGUUUAACUAAAUAAUUUUUAUUUUUAUUUGCCAUUUAUACAAAUAUUAUUUUUUGU